AUGAAGACCGAUUUCAAGUUCUCCAACUUGCUCGGCACGGUUUACUGCCAGGGCAACCUGCUCUUCAGCCCCGAUGGCACCCAUUUGUUCUCCCCCGUAGGGAACAGGGUCACUGUCUUUGAUCUUGUGAAUAACAAGUCUCACACUCUGCCAUUUGCGCAUCGAAAGAACAUCUCGAGAAUCGGCCUGACGCCCCGGGGAAACCUGUUGCUGUCAAUCGACGAAGAUGGCCAAGCUAUCCUGACGAAUGUCCUUCGCCGAAUCGCCAUUUACCGAUUCUCCUUCAAGUCAGCUCCCACCACGCUGUCAUUUGCCCCAUCUGGACGCCACUUUGCCGUUGGAUUGGGUCGCAAGAUCGAGGUCUGGCACGUUCCAUCCACCCCGGACGCCAACGCCGAAGGAGAACUCGAGUUCGCCCCCUUUGUGAAAUACCACACCCACACCGGCCACUUUGACGACGUGCGCCACAUCGAAUGGUCUAGCGAUUCGCGAUUCUUCCUUAGCACGUCCAAGGAUCUGACGGCCAGGAUAUGGAGUUUGACUCAGGAAGAGGGAUUCGUGCCCACGGUGCUCUCCGGUCACAAGCAAGCUGUGAUUGGCGCCUGGUUUUCGGAAGACCAGGAGACAAUUUACACGGUCAGCAAAGACGGCGCAGUUUUUGACUGGCAGUAUGUCGGAAAGCCGGUUCAGGACGAGGACGAGAUGGUUGACGUCGACGAGGACGAUAUGCGCUGGAGGAUAGUCAACCGACACUACUUCAUGCAGGGCAGCGCGCAUGUGCGCUGCGCGACCUUCCACCCCGAGUCCAAUCUUUUGGUGGCCGGCUUCUCCAACGGCACCUUUGGCCUGUACGAGAUGCCCGACUUCAACAUGAUCCACAACCUGAACAUCUCUCAAAACGACAUCGACUUUGUAACGAUCAACAAGAGCGGCGAGUGGUUGGCUUUUGGCGCGUCGAAGCUGGGUCAAUUAUUGGUCUGGGAAUGGCAGUCAGAGUCGUACAUCCUCAAGCAGCAGGGUCACUUCGAUUCCAUGAACUCUCUGGUCUACUCGCCCGACGGCCAGCGUAUCGUUACGAUCGCAGACGACGGCAAGAUCAAGGUUUGGGACGUCGAGUCAGGAUUCUGCAUCGUAACCUUCACAGAGCACACGAGUGGCGUGACAGCCUGCGAGUUCUCCAAGAAGGGCAACGUUCUAUUCACAUCUAGCUUGGACGGCUCAGUAAGAGCGUGGGAUCUCAUCAGAUAUAGAAACUUCAGGACAUUUACGGCCCCGACGAGGUUAUCAUGGUCCUGCAUGGCCGUCGACCCCAGCGGCGACGUCGUCGCUGCUGGAUCUCUGGACUCUUUCGACAUCCACAUCUGGUCUGUACAAACAGGUCAGCUCCUGGACCAACUGUCAGGACACGAAGGACCUGUGUCCGCUUUGGCCUUCACGCCAAACGGAGACUCUCUCAUCAGUGGCAGCUGGGACCGCACCGCAAGAGUGUGGUCCAUCUUCAACCGAACACAAACAAGCGAGCCUCUGCAGCUACAGGCCGAUGUGCUCGACAUCGCCGUGCGCCCCGACUCGCUGCAGCUUGCCGUCUCAACGCUGGACGGUCAGCUGUCGUUCUGGUCUAUCCAGGAUGCAGAGCAGGUGUCAGGUGUAGACGGCCGCCGCGAUGUCUCUGGUGGUCGCAAGAUCACCGACCGCAGGACAGCAGCCAACGUGUCAGGCACAAAGAGCUUCAACACGAUUCGAUACAGCACAGACGGCAGCUGCUUGCUGGCUGGUGGCAACAGCAAGUACAUCUGCCUUUACUCAGUCCACACGAUGGUGCUUCUCAAGAAGUUCACCGUCAGCGUCAACCUGUCCCUCUCCGGAACGCAAGAGUUCCUCAACAGCAGGCACCUCACCGAAGCCGGCCCUGACGCCAUGCUCGACGACCAAGAGGCCUCCGAUCGUGAGGACAGAGUGGACAACACCCUCCCAGGCUCUAAGCGCGGCGACCCUUCCUCGAGGAAGAAGCAGCCCGAAGUCCGCGUCUCCGGCGUCGCCUUUGCGCCUACAGGCACAGCCUUCUGCGCCGCCUCCACAGAGGGCUUGCUGAUUUACAGCCUCGACAACCUCCUGCAGUUCGAUCCCUUCGACCUGAACAUGGAAAUCACACCCGCCUCCACCCUCGCCGUCCUCGAAAACGAGAAGGACUACCUCAAGGCCCUGGUCAUGGCCUUCCGCCUCAACGAGGCCGGUCUGAUCAAGCGUGUGUUCCUCUCAAUACCGCACAGCGAUAUCGCCCUCGUUGUUGAGGACACGCCAAUCGUCUACGUCCCGAGGUUACUCCGCUUCGUGGCUGCGCAAACAGAGGAGACGCCGCACAUUGAGUUCUGUCUGCUCUGGGUCAAGGCGCUGGUCGAUAAGCACGGUGCCUGGCUCACGCAGCACCGAGGCAAGGUCGAUGUUGAGCUGCGUGUUGUUUCGAGAGCUGUCGCACGAAUGAGGGACGAGAUUAGGAGGCUUGCGGACGACAACGUGUAUAUGGUGGAUUACCUGCUUGGCCAGGCCAGUGAGAAGGAGUCGAGCGGUGUGAAGAUGCUGGAUCUUGCGGCCUACGACGCACCCAGCAAGACUUUGGCGAUUGGAGACGCGGAGGAUGGCAAGAGCGAGUCUGAUGGUGAGGGUUGGAUUGGUAUGGAUUAG